UUACCGUGUGGUUCGGACGUGUCUCGUUCCAUCCGUGCGUGUGUCAUUUUUUGAUCUUUGGCAGUGCAUAGCCAGAAGGCAGAGAAGGCUUCUAUGAAAAAGUGAGGAAGUAAAUUGGUGUGGUGUGGUGUGUUGAACUCUGAGCCUCGGCACUCGGAGGAAGGUGAACAUUAAUCAAAAAAAAAAAAAAUAACGUACGAAGGGGGAAGCAGUAAUCAUGAACAGUGAAAACGGAGGAGAAAAAUCAAUCGCAGUUGUAGGCACGCACUAAUGUUCCACGAAAGCGCCGCUGAGAUGUUGGAUUGUAAAGUGGGAAUGCCCUCUCGUGUGUGCUAUUUGAGCGGAAGUUCGUAAUUAUCGUUUCGGAUAGUGAGUUGAAAUUUGGAAAGCUAGUUUUUUUUGGGAACGGAAGCUGCUCUAGAAAGCAACCCGAGACCGAGAUCAAGUGAUGUUUCCUCGGUAAACCGUGCGAGAGGAAGAACGGAGAGGUUUACCAUGCUUCGAGUGAGUACGGAAUAACCGCAAGGGAAUUACAAACGAACCCCACGUAAACAUUGGGCCGUACAAAAACACUAGUGACCGACGAAGAAACCGUAUCGAAUCGAAACAGUGAGAGCCGUAACUGACCGCAGAGAAAAAAACAACAACACAGGAUUAUGAGGAAUUCAAUUUCCGAAUAAAAGUGUUUUUUUUGCGUUGUUUUCCUCGGUCGAUCAAUUAUCCUGGAUGUGCACAAAUAUACACACAACCGCACCGCAACCGGGCAACCACUCCGACUCCGGGUAUUACACCGUGUGUGCGCCAGGAUCUCGACUACGCGCCGCAUCCCGACCGUAUUACGUAAUAAAUUUUCGUAUAAAGCACACAUAACAAGGAUUAAAUUGGAUUUAUUACCAGUGAAUGAAAAAUAGAUUUAUAUAUAAAAUUGAAUUUUUAUGAUUUCGCCUUUCCGUUUGUGACCGUCGAGGAACGGGGUGCAAGUGAGUGAAACGGCCAAAAACCACGGAACGUUACGACGAAGAGUGCUAAUAAUAAUAAAGGAAACGGGAGCAGUCCGCGUGUGAUACCCUAUAAAUAGUAAUGUGAUAAUUAUUAUUUAUUUUAAUACUCGGCGCUGCAACGACUUUGAGAAAGAGAGAGAGGAGGUGAGACCGCGAAAGACCGAAGAAAACACUUUGGUGGUGGAAAAUCAAUUUUUGUGAGUGAGAAGCCUUUUGCCGGCUGAUGAGACGCGUGAUAAAGAAAAGAGUAAAUGAGGUGAAAACGCGAAAAUCAGUUUAGUGCUCGGCAAGAAAAAAAAAUCCAGCCAGAUUCACUCGGUUAGUGCAAGUAUACAGCAAGUAGUCAGUGGACGGGGUUGGCACUGGAAGAGUGUAAAGCGGUAAAUUAGUGCGAUGAGAAAACCCUUCAGGAUUAAGUGUGAUUAAGAAGGUUUCGUUGAUAAACUUGGUGCCGAGCGGUUCUGACCAGAAGAUAGACACAGUUUCGGAUGACGAAUAAUAAGACAGACUUGUUUGGGGUGCUGUGAUUAUAUUUGGGGCGCACGUGUUUCAAACUCCGCCUCAUACAAAACCCGAACGGACGCAAGAGCCGAUCAAAGGCGAAAAUUACGUAAUCCCUCUGGUAAUGAGCCUUAUAAUUUGAUAUUGCCGAAAGCGUGAAGGUCUUCGAGAAGGAAAGCCAGAAAUUUGCGCACAAUUAUCCGGGCCCGAUAAUCUAGACUCAACCCAUCAGCGGCAGCGCGGAGAAAGAGCUGCUGCCAGAAGGAAGCUGGCUAAAUCCAAAAAUCCUUUCUAUACGCUGCUGCUGCCGAGGCGAGCAAGAAAUAGAGGGCACUAGAGCGGGAGACGGAGGCAGCCUCGUCUAAUUCUUUCCGAUAGCCAAGGGAAACCGUCCGCCGCAGCGAAAGAGCUUUUGCUUUACAUCAUCAUUUGCAGAAACAGAGAGCCUGAUAUGGUUUCAGCCCGAACGAUUAGUAGCCGAGAGUCGAGAUUGAUGAUAGUGAAUUGUAUGCAGACCUUCGGUUUACUCUGGUGGGUGUGAAUACAAAGCAAUCACCGUCGUCGUCGUCCUCAUCCUCAUCGUCGUACCAAAGCAGUAAAGCAUUCCCGCACUCAAGCAUCAUCCACUUCCACCUUCUCCCACCCCCAACGCUAGCAUACAAGCACCAUCACAUGUUCUGCAGGGACACGAAAGAAGUAUAGCACAUCUCUGAUAUCGGUGAGCACUUCAUCUUCCAUCAUUUUUGCUUGCAAAAAGCAGAAAUCUUCCCCAUGACUGCGCAUCAACAGAUUCCCAGCGAGACAACAAUGGCAUCGACAACGUCGUCGUCGUCGUCAUCAUCAAUUUCGGACACCAGCAGAACCAGCAGUGGCAGGAGCCGGACGAAACCAUGCUCCUCUCAUCGAACGAAAACAACAACAACAGCAAACUCGUCAAUCUCGUCCAUCACAUCCGCCCGGCUGCUCGUGGCGUUGAUCCUUAUGAACGUGUGCAUAGCGCACUCCGGAGCGGAACGCAGCUGUCCGGCCGCGUGUCAGUGCAAAUGGAAAGGUGGCAAACAGGCGGUCGAAUGCAUCGAUAAACAGUUGAUCAUCAUCCCGGAGCACAUUGACCACUCCACCCAGGUGCUCGACAUGUCCGGAAACAAUCUCCAGAUACUGCCAAAGGAGACGUUUAGUCGGGCGAAUUUGCUCAAUCUGCAGAAGCUUUACCUUCGCAACUGUCGGCUGGGGCAGAUAGAUGACGGCGCGUUUGCCGGUUUGACCAAUCUCGUCGAGUUGGAUCUCUCGCUCAAUCUGCUCACAGCGGUUCCGUCGGCCUCGUUUCAAUACAUAGCGUCGCUGAGAGAUCUAACGCUCGCUCGUAAUCACAUCCAGAAAAUCGAUUCGCAUGCCUUCCGGAACGUUACCAGCCUCAACAAGCUGGAUCUGUCGUACUGCGAGAUCCAAACCAUAGCUCCGCAGGCGUUCGAAGGCCUCACCUCGCUCCAUUCACUCAAGCUGAACGGCAAUCAACUGUCAGAAUUACGGCCUAAGACGAUCGAAACGCUCAGCAAGUUGCAUGGCGUCGAACUGCACGAAAACCCCUGGGUUUGCGAUUGUCGACUACGGGCCACCAAAGUUUGGCUGGCCGAUAACAACAUACCGUACCCGAUCGCCCCGAUAUGCGCCGGUGGACCAGAGCGGAUCAUCGGAAAAACCUUCGGGGAUCUGCACGUGGACGACUUUGCAUGUAAGCCCGAAAUGCUCCCGGUGCGACGGUACAUCCAGGCCUUCACCGGUGAGAACGCCAGCAUUGAGUGCCGCACAAGUGCCGUUCCGUCGGCCAGUGUCAACUGGUACUGGAACGGUAAACUACUCGCCAACAACUCCCAGUUUAGUUCCUACCAGCGGGUGUACGUAUACGAGCAGGGUAACUUCGAGAAGCGCAGCCGGUUGGUGCUGACGAACGCCCAAGAGACCGAUUCAAACGAAUUUUACUGCGUCGUUGAGAACCGGGCCGGGACCGCCGAGGCGAACUUCACCUUGCACGUGGUAAUGCGCGACAUCGGGUUCGCCAUCGAGAACAAACAAAUCAUCGGUCUGAGCGUGGCCCUCGUCAUUCUGAUACUGUUCAUACUCCUAAGUAUACUGUUUCUGUUGGUUCGGUUGCGCCGGAUGCCGAUGACGGAGACGAAAACGCCCGGCCAGGUCGAGGUGAUCACUUCUGUAAGUCCCUCUAGUAAUGUAAAUGGCAAGGUGAGCACCCCCAUUAAUGAUGUCCAUUCUCCAGAUCGAAAAAACUCCGGCGAUCUAAAGUGCGCCAAUCCGGUGCAAAAACCUCCCCGGUUGACCGAUCUGCCCUACUCGACGUCCCAUUACGAUGCCGGUGGUAGUUUGAUCGCGUCCGGUAACUGCUUUGUGUCGCCAACGCAUUCGUCCGCUGGGAACAACCCAGACCUGAUCAAUGACACGAAGCGGCUCGGUAGCGUCAGCGACCUUGCCGGUGGCACCGGACCUCCAGGUCUGGGCGAUAACAGUAGUGCCGGUGUGCCCCUCUCCGUCAAUAUGGCCACCGCUUUCAAUACCCUCUCGCUGAUGGAUCCCAUCGAGCGGCCAGGUAGUGGCGAGUAUAGUCGGGCCGGUUGCGAUUCGCUGUAUCCUUCCGGUCUUUGGGAAACGCACAGCUCCAAUCUAACCUCGGCACUGGAACAAACAACCGAUAUGCUUCUGACGCGAGCUCCGAGUUCAACGAUCGCAAGCGGAGGUUACACUGCCUAUUCGGAUAAGAUGCCCAUCAUCGGCGGGGCCAACAAUAAUACCCUGAAUCUUGACGACGAAACUUCGUCGGUGGAUUACCUAAGCCGCACCUUUCCGCGGACACAUUUCGGCGGAAGCGGCACACUGGCAGUUGCCGGUGGAGGUGGAGGCAAUAGCAGCAGUGGUUCCAGUGUGGUGGGUGCCGUCGGUGGCACCGGAGUAGUUCCUUCCGGGGGUGGUGGUGGUUAUCCGUCCGAUUACGGUCUACCCAUCGUGCCCGGAGCGGAGCAGCUACACAACAAGCUCAGCAGUUUACAGCCUGCACAUCACGGUAGCACCGGGAGCAUGCCGAUGAAUGCGAAAACCCUGCGGGUGUGGCAGAAAGGGGGCGUGCCGGUUCUGCCCCCAGUGACGGCCUUGAAACGUGCAUUAUCCAACAGCCGGAACUCCCCAGACGAGGGUUACCAGGAGGGAUGCGGUACUGAUGUGUAGUCAAUUUUUUAAAGUUGUUUUGCUUUUGAGAGUGCAGUUUCGGGACAAACAAAGUGCAGAGACAAACGACAAACGGACACGGUGCGUGUGCGUGGGAGUGCGAGAGCGAGCAAGAAUUAGAGUUUAUUUUGUAUACAUAUAUCAUCGUUGUUUGAUCGCUUAGUUCACGGUUAGAAUGGAUAAUUUUUUUACGAGGGUUUGUCGACUGAGCUAUGAGAAAACACAAAACUAAACAAAGCAAAACACACAAACACACACACACACAAAACUGAGAUGAGCAUUUCUCCGUGUGUGUGAGAAAUUGAGCGCUGUGUACCAUUUACGAUUCGGGGCUUGUGGAAGCGAACGAAUGCGGAAACUUGUGGAAAGGAGGAAACCAAGAAGGUAAUCCUUUUCGUAAUGAAAAAAGACUUGUAAUUUAAAUUAAUGAAAGAAAGAAAAACUGGUAAUUAAUUAGGUGUACAGAAAAAACGAAAACUAGUUUAUAUUAAUAUAGCAAUGAAGUAAAUUAUAUAUACACAUUCGAGCAAAAAAAGGUAUAUAAAUGGUUAAAUUGACGAAAAGAUCGAAAAAAAUAAGGAAAAAAAUCCUAGGCUAGUUUUAUAUAUGAAAAAAAAAACCUGUAAAAAGUUAAUUUAAUUAAACUUUAACAACAAAAAAAACUGGCGUAAAUAAAAAAAAACCAAAGACUUUGUGAACGGAAGAGUUUUCUUCGUGUUCUAUGUUGUGUGAGAGAGAGAAAGACGUCAGAAGAAGCGCAAGCUCACGUGCAAAAAGAAAAAGAUGGGAAAGCAUAAUGCUAACACGGAGCAGAUAAAAACCUACAUACCUUAGUAAACGAUCUUUUAGGACGAAUGAGAAAUAAAAAA